AAGUGAUACACUGUGUAUCUACUUUGCUCCUUCCUCCCAGCAGUGUCCUUAUGUCUGCUCGAGUUCUCUAGCGAUUCCACCCAUAUUGGCGCCUUGAGAUGGAAGCUUUCAUACAACGGCGCAGUAUCCGGACCAAAACUCUUCCCGAUUCUCCCGUUCCAGAGGAAAGACCCGUGAAGAGGGUGAAGCCAACCCCUGACCACGGCCAAGUCGACACAAACAAUAGCCCUAGCAAAAACGACUGUUCUGAGGAAUCAGACUCAGAACAGUUGGAGUAUCAUGCCAUAGAAGAUGUCAUUGAAGAUGGAAAUCAGAAGAAACACUUCCGACAUACUGCCAUUGAAGACUCUUUGCCCGCCAUCCCAUCGGAGGAGAGGCCGAACGAAUAUGGAGUUCCCAGAGUAUCGCCAGCCUUCGAUUCCGAUGGGAAGACGGAGACAACCAAGUCCACAUGGAUCAGAGGCAGGCGUUCAAUCUAUGUCGACGCUUUCAACUAUGCUUUAGACGUUGUUCUGGAAGACGAGUCGCAUUUGUUUGACGCCAAAGAGCAUGCUGUAUUCGACCAAUGGAGGCAGCUGGAUUAUGAGUCUCAGUACCUUUAUGUCCGGCUGUUUCUUCGCAAGACGUCAGCAUGGCAUCGCCAUUGCCGACUCGGUUACUAUGGCGACAUUUCUGACCCAGAGGCGGCCAUCAAGACGCUCCAGGAACGGAGGCAACUCCCGGAUGCGUCUCCGGGUCUAUCUGCGAGUUCUGUUACCGAGAACGAACUCGGAGAGUCCCAAUUGGGCAGCAGCUUCACAUUCUGCGAUACGUCAGAGGAGCACAUCCGCACGAUUGAGGAAGCUGCCCCGCUUCUAAGCUUAGAUGAGCUGAAAGUUUUAUGCAAGGAGGCCAAGGUCCAAGGGAGAAACAAAGCCGAGCUAGUCAAGGCUCUUUGCCGAAUGAGUCGCCAUCAAGCCAGCCUUCAGGCCGUUGGCCUGCAGCAGAUAUCUGGGACUGGUGAGAACUCAACAGCCGAGUCGUCAGCCUCUAACGUCGAUGCGCCGCCCGGUGAAAGGAAGCAGCAUUCCAAUCGAGCGCGGCAUUUCAUGGACAAGAUCUCGGCGAUUGUAGGACCUUGCAUCAGGCUCUCGCCCUUGACGUACGAGCUCUUUGAGCGACUUCAUCUAGUAUUCUACAGGUCGACGGAAUGGACGGAAAAGUCCUUGACCACGAUUAUACUAGCGAAGAUUUCCAGGCGGAACUUUCCCAACUACAUCAUCUGCCGCACGUCGAAGAUCUUCGAGUCUCGCGAACAUCUCGUUGAAUUUGAACGAGCGCUGCGACUUGAGACAGAAGUGGAUGAUAUCCUGGAGUCGAAUACAGCAACUUGUGAAACAGGAUUCUUACGAGUAUUGGAAAUAUUUGACAGUAUUUAUCCUCGGUGGAAGACGCUACUCGCGGAAGAGCAGGUCAAGGAGGAUAAAGUAUACGAAUUCGGCGAGGGGUCCUACCUCAGACGAUUCACGCCAGCACAUUCGUACACCAGGAUCCUUCACAAGGCGGCAUACGCUUUGGGGCGCCUAAAGAGACACGCCGAAGAACAUUCGCUUCUCACUGAACUUUUAGGUCAGCGCCUCUUCCACCCGGCAAGACGCGGUAGCUGGUAUCAACGGAAAGCUCUGCUCGAGGAGAAUUACAUGCAUGCCCUGGACCCAAGACCGAUAUCCAGCGACCCGGAGGAGCAGAAGAAACACUGGAAGCGAAUCGCGAGUAGGACUUGCGAGCAGGGCCUGCAGGACAACGACUGCCACUUGAUCUACCACCAUGGCUUACAGAAACGCCUUGUCAAACUCGAGAAGCAGCUUCGUGUGGCGUUUCGGCAACGGCACGACUUUGGCCAUGUCCGACUCGCGAGUCCCGAGGAACAUACUGUCGAGGGGGUUCAGCUGAAGAGGGAAGAUCCGGUCGGCAGGAACCGCCGACAGGCGAGCACGAAGACCAUGUGGCUAGACGAGCAUGGACACGGCGAAGAAUGCAGCGUCGAGGAAAUGUGCCUAAGCUGGUACCGCAGCCAGGGCUGGAAAGGAUACCACGCAGAAGGAGGGAUCAUACGAACACUGUUCGCGUACCUAUUCUACGACAUUCUCUUCCUCUACAUACCUAACGUCUUCCAGACGGCCUACCAGACGUGUCCUCUCGACCUCCACACGGAUUCAUUCUACCCAGCGCGAGCGUCGGAGAUCAAUCACCGCCUCGUGGACAUAGCCAACGGAGGCGCGGAGCGCAUCAUACGCGAAGUCGCCCUGAGGGAAGGGGAGAAGAGAACCUGCGUCGUCGGGCUGAACUGGGACUACGACCCGGACGACCUGGUGGAGCUGGUUACCUGCUUUGACGGCGGCGCGCUCGCGACGAUAUGCAAAUUGAUGGCGCAGGAGUACCGGCAGCGGGGAGGGGGCAUCCCCGAUUUGAUUCUGUGGAGGACGGAACCGAGGAGGGAGUGCAUGUUCGCCGAGGUCAAGAGCGCGAAUGACCGGUUGAGCGACACGCAGAGGUUGUGGAUGCAUGUACUCACGGGGGCUGGCGUCAAGGUGGCGCUUUGCAACGCCGUGGCCCGAGAGGUGAAGUGCAUCGACUGAUUGACUCUCUUUUGGCCGUUGGUAGCGUACUGAGCGUACUGAGCGUACUGAGCGUACUGAGCCGGAGCACAUUCUCCGAAUUCGAGUCGAGAACGUAUUAUACGUACAAACAUUGGACGUUCUAACUUGGACACGGCGCUUUCGUUUGCGGUAGAACCAGGGGAACAUCGUGUCCAUCGACGCCGGCAUGAUAGCAAUGGGGAAUA